UAUUUAUUGGCGAGGGGCGCACUGGAGAGAGGAGGCUGUUCGGUGGCUGGGGCUGGAGCUCGAGCUCCCCCGGCCGGCCGAGGAGGAUGCAUGUAUUAUUGUGGACUCCUCUAGCCCUGAGUCAGAAGAUGAGUCUUCAUUAGAGAACUCCUGCACAGAACUCUUUUUAUCAAAUAAAACUCAAUUGCUUGAGGAUAGCACCAUGCUGCGAUUACCUGCUGUCCGCAAGGCCUUGAAUGGUGUCACUCAGACUACUAAAGGAUGUGUGCGUGCAACAGCGACAGCAGCCAGCAACCUCAUAGAAGUUUUUGUCGAUGGGCACCCUGUAUUGGUACCUCCAGGAACCACCGUGCUUCAGGCUUGCGAAAAAGUUGGAAUGCAGAUUCCUCGCUUUUGCUAUCAUGACAGACUGUCUGUGGCUGGAAAUUGUAGGAUGUGUCUUGUGGAGAUAGAGAAAGCGCCCAAGCCAGUAGCUGCUUGUGCCAUGCCAGUGAUGAAAGGCUGGAAUAUUCUGACGAAUUCUGAGAAAUCCCGGAAAGCGAGAGAGGGUGUGAUGGAGUUCUUGUUGGCCAACCAUCCUCUGGACUGUCCCAUCUGUGACCAAGGAGGGGAGUGUGACCUGCAGGAUCAGUCGAUGAUGUUUGGCAGUGAUAGGAGCAGAUUCCUGGAAGGAAAACGUGCUGUCGAAGACAAGAAUAUAGGUCCUCUAGUGAAAACUAUCAUGACCCGGUGUAUACAGUGCACUCGCUGCAUCAGGUUUGCAAGUGAGAUUGCAGGGGUUGAAGAUCUAGGAACUACAGGAAGAGGAAAUGAUAUGCAAGUUGGCACUUACAUCGAAAAAAUGUUCAUGUCCGAAUUAUCAGGCAAUGUGAUUGAUAUCUGCCCAGUAGGUGCCCUUACAUCUAAGCCAUAUGCUUUUACUUCUCGUCCCUGGGAGACAAGGAAGACCGAGUCCAUUGACGUUCUUGAUGCAGUAGGAAGUAAUAUUGUAGUGAGUACUAGAACGGGAGAGGUAAUGAGAAUUUUGCCCAGAUUGCAUGAAGACAUCAAUGAGGAAUGGAUAUCCGAUAAAACCAGAUUUGCUUAUGAUGGUCUGAAACGUCAGCGCCUUAUUGAGCCCAUGGUCAAAAAUGAAGAAGGCCUGUUCACCUACGUAUCUUGGGAAGACGCCUUGUCUCGGGUUGCUGGAGUGCUUCAGGGUUCCCAAGGUGAUGAGGUAGCUGCCAUUGCAGGAGGGCUGGUGGAUGCGGAAGCGCUCGUUUCUCUCAAGGACUUGCUGAAUAGAGUAAACUCCGACAACUUGUGCACUGAAGAAGUUUUCCCUACUGCAGGAGCUGGAACAGAUCUACGAUCCAACUACCUCCUUAAUACCAAGAUCGCUGGAGUGGAAGAGGCAGAUGUCCUGCUUCUGGUUGGCACCAACCCUCGAUUUGAGGCCCCACUCUUCAAUGCCAGAAUUCGAAAGAGUUGGCUACACAAUGAGCUCCAGGUGGCCCUCGUGGGCAGCCCAGUCGACCUGACUUACACGUAUGAUCAUCUGGGAGAUACUCCACAGCUACUCCUGGACAUUGCUUCGGAAAAACAUCCAUUCAGCAAGAUCUUAAAUCAGGCUAAAAAGCCAAUGGUGGUGGUUGGCAGCACAGUGCUUCAGCGUGGGGAUGCAGCAGCUAUUCAUUCAGCCAUUUCCACCAUUGCACAAAAUGCUAAGACCAAAAGUGGAGCUGGUGUCGAGUGGAAAGUCAUGAACAUCCUUCAUAGGGUUGCAAGCCAAGUAGCUGCUCUUGACCUAGGUUACAAACCAGGAGUAGAUGCAAUCCGGAAGAACCCUCCCAAAGUACUGUACCUCUUAGGGGCUGAUGCAGGUUGCAUUACUCGUCAAGAUUUGCCCAAGAAUUGCUUUAUCAUCUAUCAGGGGCACCAUGGUGACGUUGGGGCCCCUAUGGCUGAUGUUGUUCUGCCAGGAGCAGCUUACACAGAAAAGGCUGCAACGUACGUGAACACCGAGGGCAGAGCUCAACAAACACGAGUUGCCGUAACACCACCUGGCCUGGCAAGAGAGGACUGGAGAGUUAUUAGAGCAAUCGCCGAGCUGGCCGGCCUGACCCUCCCAUACGAUAGCCUCGAUCAAGUAAGGAGCAGAUUAGAGGAAGUCUCCCCCAAUUUGGUCCGAUACGAUGACGUGGAAGAAGCCAACUAUUUCACCCAGGCAAAUGAGCUGUCCAAGAUAGUGAACCAGAAGCUUCUUACGGAUCCUCUUGUUCCACCCCAGCUCACAGUUGAAGACUUCUAUAUGACAGAUCCUAUCAGCAGAGCAUCACAGACAAUGGCUAAAUGUAUAAAAGCCGUUACAGAAGGUGCAAAGGCAAUUGAAGAACCAGCCUUCUGCUAAGGACUGAAAUCUUGAAGUCCAUCAGGAACUUAAGAGUGACCCCCCCCCAAUUUUGUGGUAGUCAGUUUUGGGGAUCACACCUUCUUCAUGAAUGCAAGUAAACUUUAUUUAAGGCCAACUGCCAGUGUGCAUUUAUUAUGUUCGACACAAUUAGCUGUAUUUAUACAUACUUGUUAUGUAUACUGAUUGUGUACAAAAAUGAUGUAAAAUUAAAGCAUUUACAUAUACAAGACUGUUUAUGUGCUGUGAUUCAGCAAAGCAAUGGUAACAGUUGGAUGUAUGUACUAUUUAUGACUAUAGAAACAAUACAGCAAGAUCUAAGUAUUUUCUUGCGUUUCAUCAUGUUUUCAGCAUUCUGAAUAAAGAAUAAUUUUUUAUAAUCAAAGAUAGUAUGGUAUUAACAGGAUUAUACCUGUAAAUCACCCAAGAGGCUUAACAUUUCUUUGGAAGUAUCAAAUGUAGUAUGGAACAAAUAUUGUCUCACAAUACUUGCCUGACUUGACUGUGAAAUAGAAAAAGCACUGCAGAACAAAACCACAGUAAAAAAUAAUUUUGUCCCAAUAAUCCUGAUAAAGCCUUUAUGAAUAAGAUACACAAUCUUGAUUCUAGUUCACUGGGCAAAAAUGGAACUAACCCACUGAAUGGCUUCUCACAAAGACACUAACAGUGCAAUCUUAACACAGUUAGGCUUAGAAGGAGGUAAUUCUUCUUAGGAUUGCACUGUAAAAGAGAAACUAGAAGCUCUAAC